AUGGAGAAGCUGUCAGGGAAGGACAAGGAGCUGAUACGGAGCAGCUGGGAGAGCCUGGGCAAGAAUAAAGUUCCUCACGGCGUUGUUAUGUUUUCCAGGCUUUUUGAGCUUGACCCAGCUCUUCUUACUCUUUUCCACUACAACACAAACUGUGGCAACACACAAGACUGCCUCUCCAGUCCAGAGUUCCUGGAGCAUGUCACGAAGGUGAUGCUUGUAAUUGAUGCCGCCGUAAGCCACCUGGAUGAUCUCCACUCCUUGAAGGAUUUUCUUCUCAACCUAGGGAGGAAGCAUCAGGCCGUGGGGGUCAACCCGCAGUCAUUUGCUGUGGUGGGGGAGUCGCUCUUGUAUAUGCUGCAGUGCAAUUUGGGCCAGGCUUACUCGGCGCCCAUGCGUCAAGCCUGGCUCAAUAUGUACAGCAUCGUGGUGGCCGCCAUGAGCCAAGGUUGGUCCGAGAACGGCGAGGACAAGGCCGACUGA